CUGGCGCCAGGAGAGAAUGGCAGUUGGCAGAGAGUAUUGGUGCGAGCGACAAUACGCUAACGGCCGAACCAUGCUGAUGAGAUUGCUGAUUGUUCUGUUGUGCCUGGGCUUAACCGUUCAUGCAAACUUGGACGAGCCAGCCCCGAGGGUCAAAACUCCUUUGGGAGCAUUAAAGGGCCACUACCAGUUAUCACAGAAUGGCAAGAAGUACGAAGCGUACGAAGGGAUACCUUACGCCUUGCCACCGAUCGGAAAAUUAAGAUUCAAGCCUCCUCGGCAAAUACCAGCAUGGAUCGGCGAGUUGUCGGCUACGAAGCUCAGUUCUCCGUGUAUUCAAUACACGCAACUACCGUAUGAUCCUGCAGAAAAAGUUGAGGGUUCUGAAGAUUGCUUGUACUUAAAUAUUUACGUGCCAGUACGAGAGAAAACAGUAAAUAGAGCUCCUAUGCCGGUUUUCUUCUGGAUCCAUGGCGGUGCUUUCCAAUUUGGUAGCAGUACCCUUUACGGUGGCAAACAUCUACUAGAUCACGAUGUCAUAUUUGUUACGAUUAAUUAUCGACUGGGACCAAUGGGUUUCCUCAGCACGGAGGAUGAGAUAGUUCCUGGCAACAUGGGUCUAAAAGAUCAGAGUAUGGCACUUCGCUGGAUAUCGGACAACAUAGAGUGGUUCGGUGGUGAUCCGAAAAAAAUAACUUUAGUCGGUGUGAGCGCUGGUGGAGCGAGCGUCCAUUAUCACUAUUUAUCGAAAUUGAGCGCAGGGCUCUUCCAAGGAGGAAUAUCAGUCAGUGGCACGGCAUUCGACUGUUGGACGCAAACUGAGAAUCCUUUAGAGAAGGCCAAGAAGCUGAGCGUUCUGAUGGGAUGUCCUACGAUUAAUAGUAGAGAAAUGAUACGCUGUUUGCGAUAUCGUCCGGCACGUGCGAUCGUACAGGCUGUCGGUGAAUUUAUGCCGUUCAUGUACAAUCCCUUCACUCCUUUCGGACCGGUACCCGAGAAAAUGAGCGACGCGCCCUUCAUCGACAGAACACCCGCUGAAAUCAUAAGUAGUGGAGAAGUACAGGACGUGCCAUGGAUUACGGGUGUGGUGAGCGAGGAGGGUCUCUACCCCGUAGCCGAGUUCAUCGCUAUGGAUGACAAACUGAAAGAACUGAACGACAACUGGGACGUACUCGGUCCGCAAUUCCUCGACUUUAACUACACCAUUCCCAGAGAGAAGCACGUCGAAACUGCUCGUCUCAUCAGGCAGCAUUAUCUCGGGACAAAACCGAUAGAUCGACAUAGCACGGUAGAACUGGUACAGAUGGCGGGCGAUCGCUUCUUCGUGGUUGACAGCGAGAAAGCUGCACGAAUGCAAGCUAAGAUGAACAAGAACCCGGUUUGGUACUACUAUUACUCAUACAGAGCGGCGCAAAGCUUGAGCAGUUCUUUAGCUGGUAAUACUGACAAUGUGAACUACGGAGUUUGUCACGGCGAUGACGUGUUUCUCGUAAUAGACACUCCCUACAUCGAUGCAACGACAACGCAAAAGGAUCUUGACAUGCAGAAAAUUUUAAUCGAUAUUUGGAUAUCUUUUGCCAAACAUGGUGUACCGAACGAGACUGCUAUAAACUGGCCGAAAUUAGAUCCUUCGCAGAAGGAGCUUUAUUAUCUGCACAUUGCUAGUCCUACCGAGAUUACUAUGGAGACCAAUGCCGAUUUUGGACAGAAGAACUUCUGGAAUUCGAUCGACUUCAAUGAGAAUAAGGUGCAACAAUCUACUACAAAAACGGAGCUUUAAACAAUUGUUGAAUGUAAUAAUCCAUAAAAUGGAUUACCUUCUCUAAGUUAGAUAUAGCUUUAAUAACUAUAAUUUACUAAGUUCUUGAGAUAUGGUGAUUUAUUUCUCUAUGGUCAAUUAUUUCUUUAUAUUCUUUAUAUUUCUUUAUAUUCUAAACUGUUUUUUAUUCUGUUGCUCUAUCAAAAUUCAACUAAGUUUUACAUUAUGCAUCAUGUAAGAGAACAUAAUAAGAGAACUUACCGCAUCGUUUAUGACAAUGUCGCAGCUACUGAGUCUGCCAAUUUUUGUGAUGCCCCUCUUGAUUUGAUGUUUAGUAGAAUUGAUACUUAAUGUUCCUACCUGUGGAAUAAUUUUUUUAAAAAUGUUUUUUAGAAACAAAAAGGCAAUCUAAGAUUCUGAUAAAGCAACCAGUAAUCUAAAAAUAUUAGUAAAGAGCUAGUAGACAGCUUUAAAAAUCAAAACUCACUGAAUCUAUCAAUUCAAUCAAGUUAUACAUAUAUUGAUAACAUUAUAUAUUUAGAAUAGUGAGAUACAAAUAAGUUAAUGAAACUUUGUUGUAAGUUUGCAUUGAUAAAAAUUGCAAAUAAAAUGAUAAUCUGCUCUUUUCCUACAUUACGUCAUUAAAAAAAAAAAUAUAUAUAUAUGA